AAUUCAAAAAGUGAACAGUGUAAAUUCGGAGAUAGAGCAGCCGUUCUGUUUUUCUUUGUUCUUUUUGGCAAGGCAGGCUUCUGCUGCUGGGAAAUCUGGGACAUGGCCGGACGAAAGCACCGUACGCCCAGUGCCUCGAAACUCCGGGAAGAAGUCCGAAUAGACGACGCUCGCCUCCUUCACCACCAUCGUGGCCCCCACCACCCCUCGCCAUCUGUUAGGUCCCACCACCACCCGAGCUCCGUUGUCCUCGAAGACAGAAUCGCCAUUCAGCACCGCGAGAUCCAAUCCCUUCUCGAGGAAAACCAACGGCUCGCCUCCACCCAUGUGGCCCUCAAGCACAACCUCCGAUCGGCUCAGAUGGAUCUCCGACACCUAUCGGAGAAGGCCGCCGAUGUGAAAGCCGAGAGAGAUGCUCAAGCGAGUGAGUUGUACGAGAGGUCCUUGAAGAUGGAGGCCGAGGUUCGUGCGAUCGAUGAGAUGAGCGCCGAGCUCGCUCAGGUGCGGUCCGAUGUGCAGAAACUCGGCGGGGCACGCCAGGAGCUCUCGGCCAAGCUCCAAGCCAUCGAGGACGAUCUCGCCAGGGCACGCUCGGAGUCGCAGCAAGUCCCGUCUAUUAAGGCCAACAUUGAGAGCGUGCGCAAGGAGAUUCAGAGAGGAAGGGCUGCUAUCGAAAACGAGAAGAAAACACGUGCUAGUAACCUCGAGCACAGGCAAGCAAUGGAUAGAUAUAUGAUUUCCAUGACUCGUGAAAUUGAGAAACUACGUGCGGAACUGGCUGAUGCGGAGAAGAGAGCAAGGGCUGCUGCUGCUGCAGCGAUAGCAGCAAACCCAAGUACUGGAUAUGCUGCUAGCUACAGCAAUCAUGCUAUGGCAUAUGGAGGAAAUUCAUACCCUGAUCCUUAUGGAACGGAUCAGUUUCAGGGCCCUGCUGGUGCUGGUUCUCAUCACGAAUCCGGAGUUGUGCCGCAUGGUACUUAUGGCAUGCAACAAACACAUGUACAUAGAUAGGGUCUCAGAAAGUUUUGGAAUAACCAGGAUUUAUGCAUUUUUCCCUUUCUGUUGCAAUUAAGAAAUUAGAUGGCUCGAAUUCUGACAAGGAAGUUUCUGUUUCAUUAGUCAAUGUUGUUUAUAUUGUUUCUUAUCACAUAGUAUGCUGCAUUCCUUUCAUAAAUUGUUAAUUAAUAUCUAGAUCAUCACUUUAAAAGAUUUUUAACUUCAACAAAUUAUAUCUUGAUCAUUCAGUCUUAUUUCUGCUCUUUUCCUCUGGUCGUUGCUUGCAAUUUACUCUGUUGUCAAUCAUAAAAGCUUGCCCCGGAAAAGCCCUCAUGACCCAUAUGAUAUUGAUUGGCAAAACUGCCCAAGAAUGUUCCCUUCAUAUUUUUAAGGCUCCUGAUCUCUCUGCUUCAAACAUCCACUCCUCAAAGGAAGAUUCGAGAGGUAUAGCCUCAAAGAUACCUCAAAGGAUGAUGAAUCAAGUCUGCCAUAACAGAAUGCACAUGUGGAAUAUUAUGGAAGGAUCAGGAAGAAUAUUACAUAAUAGAAUUGCUGAGUUGUACAGCUUGGAUUCAAUGUGCAUGUGUGAAAUAUUCUCGGUUGAUCUUUGUAAUAGUCUAGAAAUAUUUGGAAUCAGAAUAUAUUUGCAUUGAGGAAAAACUGAGUCAGUAAAAUAUGUGUGAAAAGGAAUUCUAUGAAAGAAGAAUUUUGUUGAACAC